AUGGAGCGUCUCCAGGUGUGGGGCAUUUUCAGCCUCAUCGUUCUCACCGCCGCCCAGAAAACCACAAACGGCCCCCACCCUCAGCCCUCCUACCUGCUCCUUGCUCCCAAAGCCCUCCAACAUGGAAUCCCAACAUCUAUAUCAGUCACCAUCCUGAUCCCUUCACCGGUCACUGUAUCUGCUCACAUUGUUCGUGGAAACCUAACAAUGGCCUCACAAUCUGUUAAAGUUGAAGGGGGUUCAACCACACUGCUGACUUUGCCGCCUAUUAGUGACAGCGAGCCCAAUCACUGGGAGGCCUACAUACUGGAGGUCAAAGGUCACAGAGGAGAAGUCCAGGUUUUCUCCAGCUCCACAAAGCUCCACUUGAAUGUCGAAGAUAUCGCCACCUUCAUUCAAACAGACAAAGUAAUGUACUUACCUGGGCAGACGGUGAAGAUCAGAAUUGUUUCCAUUCACUCUGAUGGGAAGCCCUUCAUCAGCCCCGUGGACAUCAUCAUCAGGGAUCCGAGGGGAAACCUGCUCAGGCAGUGGCUGGCUGCAGACAGCGUCCUUGGCGUUGUGUCCAAAGAGUUUCAGCUGUCUGAAAACCCUCCUCUGGGUCAGUGGACCAUCAUCGCUACAGUCAAAGUAAGUCCUUUAGCAGUGCUGCCAAAGUUUGAGGUUUUGAUCGAUGCUCCGGAUGUCAUUUACCGUGAGGACCCUCUGGAGGGCUCCAUCACAGCAAAGUACACUUACGGGAAGCCCGUUCAGGGACACCUGAAUAUGACGUUCAUUUAUCACUUUCACGGUACUGUCGAGUUUUACUAUGAGGACAGAGAGAUUGAUGGUACUGAAAGCUUCACAUUUGAUGCUCCUGAUUAUUUCCAAAUGAGAAAUGAUUCCAAAAUGAUGUACUACGAGGGAAACGCUGAGGACGUAACAGUUGUGGCUCAUGUGACUGAAUACCUCACAGGACGCAUUGCAGGCUCCAAACCACACAGUGAUGCAGCUCGACAGGAUGCUCUCGAUGGUGCCUCUGCUUCUUUUGAGGACAGCCAUAGCAAUCUAUAUAUACAGCGAAGCUACACAUCCCCCAGUGAGAGCUACCUGCAGAUUCAGAAACCCUUCACACCUCCAGAGGUGAAGUCAAGAGGUCAGGCGAUUUCUGCCGGGAAAGGCUCUCCUGAUCUGACUCUGGUCCCAGAAGUCUCCUGGGCUCCUCUGGCCUGCAUCAUCGUUUACUGUGUGCACCCCAGCGGAGAGGUCAUCAAUGAUGCAAUCCAGCUGCCAAUCAGGCAGUUUUUACAAAACCAGGUGUCGCUUAGUUGGAGCAGUGUUGUAAAGAGGCCAGCUGAGACUGUGACCCUGAAUGUGAGUGUACUGGAGCCCAACUCAGUAGUCGGGAUCCUGGUGGUUGACAAGGCGACGCAGUGGGCGGGAUCAGACAAUGACAUCACCACGGACACGGUGAUGAAGCAGAUGAAGGAGUUUGGCAAUUCCAUGGCUGACAGCAACAAUGAAACUCCAAAAAUGGGGGAUCCACACUCUGUUUUCAAGGAAAUGGCGCUAACUGUACCAGACAGCAUCACAACCUGGAUUGCCACUGCCUUUGUGAUGUCUGAGAAUCUGGGACUGGGAAUUGUAGAGCAACCAGCAGAGCUGACAGUGUUCCAGGAUUUCUUCCUGUCCUUAAAUCUUCCGGCCUUCAUCAUCCGGGGAGAGGAGCUGCUGCUGGAGAUCAUUCUGUUCAACUACCUCCAAGAGGACCAGAAGGUGAAUCUGCUUCUCCUCAGACACAGGCAGACUCUGCGUUUCCCAUUUCUUACUCACCAUUUUUGUUUGCCUUCAUCUUUUGCAUGUCCAUUCAUCCUGCAGGCCGAAGGUCUUGAACAGUCAUUUUCCACCUCCCUGCUGCUUGAGCUUUUACCAGCAGGGAUGAGCCUGUCUAGAAACGUUACGUUUACCUUCCCACCAGAUGUUGUGGAGGGCAGCGAGAGAGCUUCAGUUAUGGCUGUCGGUUAUGAGCGGGAGCUCACCUUUCAGAGAGGAGAUGGCUCCUUUAGCGCCUUUGGAGAGCAGGACUCAUCUGGAAGCACCUGGCUCUCUGCUUUUGUGCUGAGGUGUUUCCUGCAGGCACGGCCCUUCAUCAACAUUGAUUCCAACGUGCUGCACAGUGUGGCAGCUUGGAUCGCCAGCCAGCAAGGGCAUGAUGGGAGUUUCUUGGAGCCCGGCAGGGUGAUCCACACCGAGCUCCAGGGAGGCCUGGACGGGCCUGUUUCUCUCACGGCCUACGUCCUCAUCGCCCUGCUGGAAGACGCUAGUGUCAAGGCUCUGUAUGAGACCAAGGUGUCUGCAGCCGUGAUGUACCUGGAGACCCAUCUUGCUCUUGGUGUCUCCAGCAACUACAGCCUCAGUCUACUCACCUACGCUCUGGCUUUGGCAGGGAGCUCCAAAGCCCAAUCAGCACUCAAUAAUCUGACUGGACGAGCUGAGAUAAGAGACGGUGUGCCGAUGUGGUUCUCCCUGGAUGACGGCCUGUCCUCAUCGUGGCAACCUCGUUCUUCUGAUAUUGAGAUGGCAUCCUACGUGCUGCUGUCUCAUUACAAGCUGAACUCAAUCCCAGAGGGUCUGAACCUAAUGAAGUGGCUCAGCCAGCAAAGAAACCACAGAGGAGGAUUUGGAAGCACUCAGGACACAGUUGUGGCUCUCCAGGCUUUGUCUAUGUUCGCGGCUCGCAUUGGGUCGCACGACACUGACGUCACAAUCAGGGUGGACAUCGACCCUUCGACCACUGUCGCCUCCUUCCAAAUCAACAACGAGAACUACCUGCUCCAUCAGAGCCAACAGAUUACUCCAGAAGAAAGUUUAAUCCUGCAGGUGACAGCAGAAGGUCGUGGACUCGCCUUGUUUCAGCUUAACGUUUUCUACAACGUCAGGAACGAGGAGAUGAGGAGAAGGAGGCGAGAAGCUGGCGAACAGGAAGCGUUUGAGCUGUACGUCGAGCUGGUCGACAGCGAAGAAAACUCUGCACAUCUGUACAUCUGCACCAGGCUGGUGUAUGGUCUGGGCCUGAGUGCAACGGGAAUGGCCAUCAUGGAGGUGGGGCUGCUGAGUGGCUUCAGUCUGUCGCCGGUUGGCAUCGAGACUAACGACGUUGUAAAGAAAGUGGAAACGCAGCUGGGAAAAGUCAUCCUGUACCUGGACUCAGUGACAACGCUGGAGAUGUGUGUCCAGAUUCCUCUGAUUAUUGAGUAUAAAGUUGCCAAAGUCCAGGAAGCUACGGUCGUCAUCUAUGAUUACUACGAACCAAAGUGGAGUGUCUUUGAACAGGAUGACCUACAGACUCACACAACCACAGUGCUGGGUUACAUCAAACACUGCAUGGACACUGUCACCACGGAAAAGCGGGUCCGGGUCUACCCCAACCGUAAACCCUGGAUGACAAGCAAGGUUCAGGCACUGUUAAAGGCACGUAACUCUGCAUACAAAUCUGGGGACCUCCGAAAAACAAGAACUGAUCCCCCUCCCCUAUCCAUAAAAGGUGACUAUGUGGAGAAGGUGUCCUCCUUUAAGUUCCUCGGCACCCACAUAUCUGAGGACCUAUCCUGGUCCACAAACACAUCAGCCCUAGUAAAGAAAGCCCAGCAGCACCUCCAUUUCUUGAGGGUUCUGAGAAGGAACAGGCUGCAGACUGAACUCCUAGUGUCCUUCUACCGUGCCACUAUCGAGAGUGUGCUGGUGCACACCAUCCCUGUGUGGUACGCUGGUUGCACAACAGCUGACAAGAAGAGACUACAGAGGGUCAUCAGAACUGCAGAGAAGGUGAUCGGUUGUCCACUCCCCUCCCUGGACUUAAUUGCCAGCUCAAGAUGUCUCUCCAGAGCCAGGGCAAUUAUAAAGGACCACCUCCAUCCUAACCACCACCUCUUCAACACCCUGCCCUCUGGAAAAAGGCUCAGAUCCAUCAGGUGUUGGCAGAACAAGCGAAACGCAGCUCAGGCAGUGGCUGAAGUAAAAACUUGGGUGUGGGAGGAGUUCAGAGAAGCCAGGGGAAAAGACUUCUUUGACUCCCUGGAAGAGAUUCUGGCAAACUGUCAGGUGACUCAUGAGGAAAAAGUGGUGCUCUACCUGCACUGCGUAUAG